GCUCGCUGACGAAAUGAUGGUACAGCGUAACUGCCCGACUUCGAUCCUGUAAUGCUGUUUCAAAUAACACCGUUUCUCCUUUUGGCUCUACCUUUAUAUAUCUAUGGGAGCGUGUCUGUCAUGAAGCAGUAUACCCUUAUGACUGUGGCUAACUUUACAUGGAACGAUGCAAAAGUGAAAUGUGAAGCGAUUGGAGGCCAUCUUGCUAAGAUAGACACUCAAGCUGAACAGUCAAUGUUGAAACAGUUGGACGGACAGCCACCCUGGAACGAUACUCUAAACGAGGGUCAGUACUGGUUUGGUCUCCACAUUCGGGGAGAUAAUGAUGACUGCUCGGCAAAAACAAGGUAUUUCUGGAAUGAUUGUGAGCCCUUGUUUAAGUGGGCGGACUGGUAUAGCGGUGAACCUAACCAUUGUUUUGAGGAAAAAUGCAUGCGGAUUCAGAACAUACAGUUCAGGACCCGACAAUGUUCUACAAAAUAUGGCGCCCUGUGUGAAAAAGACCAAGGCGAGUGUACGUUUGAACGAGUGUUUAUAGAAAGUGUGCAAGGCUUAACUUAUAAGCGGGUCUCACUGGUCGUAGCGGAAGCCGCCUGUAGGACGUCCUGUCUGAACAACAUCGUAGACGACGAAACACAAUGCUGGUUUUAUCAAACGCAGCAGAAAGAAUUUGACGUAAACAUGACUGUUAUAGCUGUGCAUGAGGUCUGUUUCCUGUUCUUCACAACCAAUAGCUACAGUGUGGACACAAUAAGUACUGUGGGUGACUGGGAAAAUGCUACAACCAUUCAUAUAAAAAGAUGCUUUGAGGCCGUACUUGACGAGCAGAGUCAGCCCGACUCCGGUGACACCUUCGCCAACGUGAGCGAACCAGACACCAAGUGUCCAGUCAUAGGUGAUUGUUACUUUGAAACCAUUGGAGUGCUCGACCUGGAAAGAGCGAAGAACUUGGUAGACACGACGCUUGAUGUGCACGGGACAGAGGUGGAGUGUAAGAACUUGUGUAUUGGUAGCGCCAUGCACAAGGGUUGCUGGUUUGUGGACACGUUCAGUCCUCUGUCUGGCGCAUGCCGUCUUUACUUUUUACACAAUGACCUAUCGGACUCCUUCAAAGCUCUCGACCCGAACACGAGGAAACGUACAUUAUUCAUGAAGAAAUGUUUAAAAGAGGAAGUGACCACCACUACGGAACCAAUCACUACAACCACACCAACACUCGUGUUUGAGGAACUCCGAGUGGAAAAAAAAGAUACCGGAAACUACCGCCGGAAGUUCAUCAGUAUAUACGAAGACAGACCGAGCGCAAUGAGUAUGGGGAUAAUCGGCGCCAUUUUUAUCUCCUUAAUUAUCGGUUUUAUGGUACUUUCUGAUAUUCCUAUUUUCUACAAACAUGCCAGAACUAUCGGAGCAAAAAACAUUCGAACCAGAAACAGAUGCUUCCCGCCGAGAAAGCAAACAACAAAGACAAAAAGUGUUGCUUACAAGACAGACAAACCUUGCAUUUAAUUAAUUCUUAGUAUGACAUUUAUUUUCCGCAAAACGAAUCCCUUAUAAACGAGAAGGAAGAAUAGCUGUCAAUUACAAUCCAUACGGCUCCCAUUUGUAGGCGAGAUUAAAACAUGUCCACUUGUAAUAGUGACUAUGGAUCGCCUUAUAUUGUGAUACUAUGACCCCUUGUAGGUUGAUUUCAAAAC